UCAUCAUGUCGACUGGCGAUGUGCGCCAUCUUGACCAGGAAUAAAAAUCACGGGGGCAAUUCUGCUGAUUGCUCCGGUUCUCACGACGAACCCCAGUCUUCUUACGGUUUACUCGCGCGGUGUGGUUCAGCUGCAGUGUAACGCGCCAGGACUCGGAGUGAGCGAGCUCGACGCCGAAUUCUUCGCAGAAACGAAGCAAUGGCAGGGGUCGGCGGAGGGAAUGACUUCCAGUGGUGUUUCUCGCAGGUGAAAGGAGCAGUCGAUGAAGACGUGGCUGAAGCGGACAUUAUCUCAACAGUUGAAUUUAACUACUCGGGGGAAUUAUUAGCUACAGGAGAUAAAGGAGGAAGAGUCGUCAUAUUUCAGCGGGAACAAGAGAGUAAAAACCGCCCUCUCUCAAGAGGGGAGUACAACGUGUACAGCACUUUCCAGAGUCAUGAACCUGAAUUUGAUUAUUUGAAAAGUUUAGAAAUUGAGGAGAAAAUCAAUAAAAUUAGAUGGCUACCACAACAGAACGCUGCUCACUUCCUGCUCUCCACCAACGAUAAAACCAUUAAGCUGUGGAAGAUCAGUGAAAGGGACAAACGAGCAGAAGGUUACAAUCUGAAAGAUGAAGACGGGCGUCUCAGAGAUCCAUUCAGAAUCACUGCAUUAAGGGUACCGGUGUUAAUGCCUAUGGACCUGAUGGUGGAGGCGAGCCCACGCAGAAUAUUCGCAAACGCACACACAUAUCAUAUCAACUCCAUUUCAGUAAAUAGUGAUCAUGAAACAUACCUUUCUGCAGAUGACUUAAGAAUAAACCUAUGGCACUUAGAAAUCACAGAUAGAAGUUUUAAUAUUGUAGAUAUAAAGCCUGCCAACAUGGAGGAGCUGACGGAGGUAAUCACGGCUGCUGAGUGCCACCCUCACCAGUGCAACGUGUUUGUCUACAGCAGCAGCAAAGGCACCAUUCGCCUCUGUGACAUGCGGGCAGCAGCUCUCUGCGAUAGACAUAGCAAAUUUUUUGAAGAACCCGAAGAUCCAAGCAGCCGGUCGUUCUUUUCAGAAAUCAUCUCCUCUAUAUCUGACGUCAAGUUCAGCCACAGCGGUCGAUACAUGAUGACCAGAGACUAUCUCUCUGUAAAGGUGUGGGACCUAAACAUGGAGAACCGACCAGUAGAGACCUACCAGGUACAUGAAUACCUACGUAGCAAGCUGUGCUCAUUGUAUGAGAACGACUGCAUUUUUGACAAGUUUGAGUGCUGCUGGAACGGAUCAGACAGUGCCAUCAUGACGGGUUCGUACAACAACUUCUUCAGAAUGUUCGACAGGAACACGCGGCGUGACAUCACACUGGAGGCGUCGCGUGAAAACAGCAAACCGCGAGCCAUGCUCAAACCGCGCCGAGUGUGCACUGGUGGCAAGAGGAAGAAGGACGAGAUCAGCGUGGACAGCCUGGACUUCAACAAGAAGAUCCUCCAUACCGCUUGGCAUCCUAAAGAGAACGUCAUAGCUGUGGCCGCCACCAACAAUCUGUAUAUAUUCCAGGACAAAAUAAACUAAUGAGAGUGAGUAUGGGGGAUGGGAAAUGAGUGAGAGAGAGAGAGAGAGAUGGAGAGCGUGAGAGAGAAUUGAAAUAAAUAUCCCUACCUGUUUUCACACCAAGCGCAGGACUGAGGACGUGCGAAAAAAAGGAAAAAAAAAUCUUGUACUUUCCAUAGUCUAGUUCUUAAAGUCAGUAAGAGAAGCUACAGCGUUGUUGCUCCUCCCAGCGCAAGAUCGUCCAACUUGUUGAAUUUACAGGGAAAUUAUAGGAACGCCCUCCCAAACCCCACCUAGCUAAAAACCAGGAGAAGGCCAACACUCAUCCUAAACACCGCCGAGCAGAAAUGACAAAACUCAGAGGCCAAAUCGACUUUCUGCAGUCACAAGCAAAGUUUUUUUUUUAUGUUCUAGUCUAAGCCCUUUUUUUGUCUUUUUUUGUUGUUGCAUUUUUCAACCCAGAUUGUGGAGCACACCGUGAGGAGCGUGCAGAAUCAUGCAAAUGUUUCUGUCGCCUGGAAAUCUGAAGAAACAUGACACUUUUGCUUGUUGAUGUUUGUCAACAUUCCUCCCCCUGGCCUUCAUGACAGGCCUUGGUGUUUUAUCUUUUAAGCACUUAAUACAGUUCUCCCUUCUGGUCAGUGGACAAAUUUUUCUUUCCCCUGUUUUUUUUUUUUUUUUAAUUAUUGUUAUUAUUAUUAUCUCAUAGUAACAUCUCACUGACUGUCUAUAUAUAACUGCACCAUCUGGUGUCAAACCACUUAAUAAAAGUAACAAAACUACAAAGGAAAAGCAUUUUUUACAUUAAGAGCAGGUAUGUAUGGGGUUUUUAUGUUCUGCGUUUGCAUGUUAUGUGGAUUCGGAGCGCCGGUGACGAAAUGUGAAGUCAUCCUGCUGAUCUCUAGCCAGCUGCUAUGAGGUGAAGUCCACCUGCUCAUCAGUUCUUCAUUCAUUAAAAAUCGGUUGUUUUAAUAUAACUUUUAUCUGGAAAAAUAAAACAACUUCCUUUGUAGGAUGUAUGGGGGGAGGGGGGACUACCCACCUAAUGUGAUGACCAGAAAAGAAAAUAACUGAUCUCCAGGUAGAAAUGUAUCACUAAGCAGCUGGCUAGAAGGAGAUAUUCAGUAAAGGACUACUUGAAGCUGCAGUUGCACUGUACAACGAGGGACAUUCGGCCAUUUUAAAUGUCAGUAUUGCUGUUUGCUCUCUGAACGUCCGGCUUUGUCAAAUAUGAUUCAAAAGUUUUUUGUUUUGUUUUUCAAAGGGACACUGCAGCCUUAAAUCUCUGUAUGGCUAUAGAGGGGAAUUCCAUAAUGAUUCUCCGUAAUAACCAUAAAUAUUAAAUGGUUUCAUUAACACCACUCCUCGCCUUGUAUUCAAGACUAUUUUCCCCAUCCAGAAUCCCCCCCGACCAAACAAUGCAUUAAAUCACUCCAUCCUCUUGUAUAUUUGCUGCUACAGUGAAUGUGCACACUAACUUAGAAGAAAUCAAGACUAUUUUUCAGAAUUCGGUCCAUCGUAACAGUGCCUAGAAAGAAAAUAAAUAAAUUGAUCUAAUUUUUUCUCCAGUAAAUAUAGAAUUUGCUGAUCAUGGUAUUCCUCCAGAAAUGUGACAUAGCAGCAAAAAAUUAAUAUUUGUGCAUUAAAUCCUUUAGCCAGCUCAGGUCAGGACAUGGGAUUUACUGAGACGAGCUUCACGGUUUGCACGCUGCUUGAUUUUGCCCAGGCGGUGUUAAAACAUUAUUGUUGAACAUCAGAAAAAUAAUUUGAUGGUUUAAGUACAAAGUUGUACAGUUGAUUUGUUCCAAAUUUCGAGUCACGACAGGUCACUGGGCCUUGUUCCUUGUUAAAUAAUGAUGCUAACAUUGUGGAAGUGUACACUUGUUUGAUUAUUUUUGACCAAAGUUAAAUAAAUUUUAAUUGUGUUUACCUGA